UCAGAGCCCCCAUCCGGUUGCGCUCAACCGGACGGAUGGCCUUUCCCGGGAAGCGAGAGGGGUGGGCGGCCCGUGGUGUCUGCCUACUGGUACCCGCUCCAGCUCUGGGGAUCUAGGAUCUUAGGGUGGGAAAGGGAUGGUCUGAGGCGCGCCAGGCCUUGCAGUGGCCCUGGGGGCGGCUGGCGAAGCACCCGCGAGCGAGCGAGCGAGCGGAGCUCCUGUUGCAGGAAAAUCACAGGAACUCCUGGAACCGGCUUCUGGGCUGACCUGCCAGUCCCUGUGAGACUGGAUGGAUCGGUGACGUCACUACUACCUGUCCUGGAACCAUCUCUUGAGGAUGCUUUGUGCCUCCCUCCUCUCUCCUCAUUGUGCUGAAAAAGAAACACAUACUGGAGAAUAUUUACCCAACUUAGAAGAAAUAUUUAACUUGGCACUAUGGGGAUCCAAGGAUUACUGCAGUUUAUCAAAGAAGCUUCUGAACCUGUCCACGUGAGGAAGUAUAAAGGUCAGGUAGUAGCUGUGGAUACAUACUGCUGGCUUCACAAAGGAGCUGUUGCUUGUGCUGAAAAACUAGCCAAAGGCGAGCCUACCGAUAAGUAUGUAGGAUUUUGUAUGAAAUUUGUAAAUAUGUUACUGUCUCAUGGGAUCAAGCCUAUCCUGGUAUUUGAUGGAUGUACUCUACCUUCUAAAAAGGAAGUGGAGAAGUCCAGAAGAGAGAGAAGACAAGCCAAUCUUCUUAAGGGAAAGCAGCUUCUUCGUGAGGGGAAGGUCUCAGAAGCCAGAGAAUGUUUUACCCGUUCUAUCAACAUCACACAUGCUAUGGCCCACAGCGUAAUUAAAGCUGCUCGGGCUCAGGGUGUAGACUGUUUGGUGGCUCCGUACGAGGCGGAUGCGCAGCUGGCUUACCUUAACAAGGCUGGUAUUGUACAGGCUAUCAUUACAGAGGACUCUGAUCUCCUGGCCUUCGGAUGUAAAAAGGUGAUUUUAAAAAUGGACCAGUUUGGAAAUGGACUAGAAGUUGAUCAGGCUCGGCUGGGAAAGUGCAAACAGCUCGGGGAUGUAUUUACAGAGGAGAAGUUCCGCUAUAUGUGCAUUCUAUCAGGCUGUGACUAUCUCUCCUCACUGCGUGGGAUUGGAUUAGCCAAGGCCUGCAAAGUACUGAGACUAGCCAACAAUCCAGAUAUUGUAAAGGUCAUCAAGAAAAUUGGACAUUAUCUCAAGAUGAAUAUAACAGUACCAGAAGAUUACAUUGAAGGAUUUAUUCGGGCCAACAACACCUUCCUCUAUCAGUUAGUCUUUGAUCCCAUCAAUAGGAAACUCAUCCCUCUGAAUGCCUAUGAAGAUGAUAUUGAUCCUGCAACACUAAGCUAUGCUGGGCGGUAUAUUGAUGAUUCUGUAGCUCUUCAAAUAGCACUCGGAAAUAAAGAUAUAAAUACUUUGGAACAAAUUGAUGACUACAAUCCAGACACUGUCAUGCCUGCCCAAUCAAGAAGUCGUAGUUGGAAUGACAAAACAUGUCAAAAGUCAUCUAAUAUUAAUAGCAUUUGGCAUAGGAAUUAUUGCCCUAGACUUGAGCUGGAUAUUGUUUCAGAUGCUUCAAGAUUAAAGGAAAAUUCAAGUACUGUGGGCAUUAAACAAGUGAUCAGUACUAAAGGGUUAAAUCUUCCAAGGAAGUCAUCCAGUAUAAAAAGACCAAGAAGUGAAGAGCUGUCAGAAGCUGAUUUGUUGGCUCAGUAUUCUACUUCAUUUACAAAGAAGACCAAGAAAAAUAGUUGUGAAGGUAAUAAAUCGUUGAACUCUUCUGAACUGUUUAUGCCUGACCCGGUAGAUGAAGCUGCUACUAAAAAAAGCCUAAGUACACCACCUACAACAAGAAACAAAUUUGCAAAAUUUUUACAGAGAAAAAAUGAAGAAAGUGGUGCAGUUGUGGUUCCAGGAACCAGAAGCAGGUUUUUUUGCAAUUCUUUGGAUCCUGUUGACUGUGUAUCAAAGAAGGAAAGCAACCAGCCUCUAGAUAAACCUGCUGUCACAGAUAAAGACACCAAUGUAAAUGAAUCAGAUUGCCCAAAUGACAAGAAGUUGGUUGAUACGUGUAUAGCAGAGAAUUCAAGAGAGAAGAUUCCAGAUGAUGUGACCGUGAUUGCUGAAGAGUCUCAGUCUUCGAAGAUCAGCAGAUUCACGAGGACCCUCUCCCCACCCACUUCGGGGACACUAAGGAGUUGUUUUCAUUGGUCUGGAAGUCUUGGAGAUUUUUCAAGAACACCCAGCCCCUCUCCAGGCACAGCAUUGCAGCAGUUCCGUAGGAAGAGUGAUUCUGCUGUCUCUCUGCCUGAGAAUAGUGAAGUGUCUGAUGCAUCGCAGUUGAAGAGUGAGGAGUCAGGCGAUGAAUCUCAUCUGUCUCAUGAAGAGGCUUGGUCUUCACAGUCUCAGGAAAUCGUGGAGUCAUCACCACACAAUUUAAAUGCCUCAAAACUUUCUCAGCCUUCUAGUAAGGAUUCCGAUUCAGAGGAAUCUGAUUGCAGUUUUAAGUCACUUGAUAAUCAAGGUAAUCAGAAAUCCAAGCUACACUUAUUUCAUUUUUCAAAAAAGGACACGCUUCUAAGGAACAAGGUUCCUGGGCUGUAUAAAUCUAGUUCUGUGGAGCAUCUUUCUACAACCAAGAUCAAACCUUUAGUACCUGCCAGAGUUAGUGGGCUAAGCAAGAAGCCAGCGAGCAUCCACAAGAAAAACCAUCACAAUGCUGAGAACAAACCAGGAUUGCAGAUAAAAAUCAAUGAACUCUGGAAAAAUUUUGGAUUUAAAAAAGAUUCUGAGAAGCUUCCUUCUUGUAAGAAGCCAGAUCCCCUGUUUCCUGUCAAAGAUAACAUCCAGCUAACUCCAGAAGCAGAAGACGAUAUAUUUAACAAUUCCGAAUGCAAGCGUGUUCAGAGAGCAAUAUUCCAGUAAACACAGGCACCUGGGAAGACUCUUACCUGCAAGAGACUCCUAUCACUUGAAGUCCUAUUUGGGUGUGAGAUAAUAUCAGUCUGAUGAUUUAUUCUUAGAUCCACACCAUUUUUAUUUUUUUAUUUUUAUUUUUUUAAGCCACACCCACAGCAUAUAGAGGUUCCCAGGCUAAGGGUCAAAUUGGAGUUACAGUUGCUGGCCUACACCACAGCCACAAGCACUGCAGGAUCCGUAACCCACUUAUCAAGCCCAGGGAUCGAACCCACAACUUCAUGGUUAUUAGUCGGAUUUAUUUCUGCUGUGCCACAUCGGGAACAGCCACACCAUUUUUAAAAUAGAGGCAUUUUGUAUAUUAACUGUGUUAACUGAAUUUUUUCAGCUUUUUAUAUUUCCAUAAGAAGCCAACUAGAGAAAUAAUUUUGGCUUCGACAGUUUGGGGAAGUUUUAAUAUUAAUUGGGCAAGUUCCUGGGAACUUAAAAAUCUAAACAUUUCUGGGAGGUUGUCAAAUACAAGGACGGAAAAUGGAAGACCACAAUUUGGUGAUCCUUUGAUCUUAGGGGAAAUUCCCAUAUUUCUCCAAGCUGUAAUUUUUUUCCACCCACCUUUCCUGUCUAUCUCUCUGAGUUGAAUUGGAAGUAGGAUUGCUGGUGUGGGAGGGGUAAUUGGAAGGGUUAAAGGUCAUUGCAUAAAUGGGACGGUACUCUGUUUUCCCUCAAGAGUUUGGCUGAGUUAUAGAUUGACAGUAAAGGAAAAUUGCUUUCAUCCUUAUGUGAAAGGAACUACUUCUUAUGUAAUUUAUAUUAUUAAUCUUCAAAAUAGCCUGUUUUUCUUAUAUGUCUUUUUUAAAAGUGUAGGCUAAAAAUUCCUUAAUAUAUAUUUAAAACUAGGUCCCAGCUGUGAUAUAAAGCUGCAGGGUCUAUGAUGUGUGCUUACCCUGUAGAGAAAUAGGCAGAUUCUUGGAAGGAGCCAACUAUGCAAGUGAAGAUCGAAAGUAAGGGACAAUCUGACAGGAAGUAAAGGAAUUAUAAAAGUAUCUGAUAUAAUAGAGAGUAAAGGAAAGGGACAGAGCGUUUCAAUUUUUAAAUGAGACUCCUGGAUCACAAGGUCAGCGUGGAACAAAAAACAUAAGAAACAGCAUAGAAAUUUUGAAAGGAGACAAUUUUUGAAAAAAAAAAAAAUUGUGAAAAGACCAAACCCAAAGAACAAACGCAAGUUUGAAUAUUCUGCGACUGUUUUCCUAUUUAAAACAAAUUAAGAAAGGGAAGAUGGCAGCAGCAUUAUCGUUUUUUCAGUCUCCGAAACCCCACAUAACAGCAACUCGACAGCAUUGUUAAAAUAUUAAUGAACAACAUUACAGUAAAUUUAAAUGACAUCGUAUACUUAAAUCUCAAAAUAUAAAUGGAUGAUACCGGUCACCAUUGGCCACAAGACGGCAAGGUGGUACUGGCAUCUAUUUGGGAGAAAAAGAGGAUGAUGAAAGGGCAUCUAAUGCCUGAGAACAGAACUUGUGCAGAAUAAGUGUUGGAACACAUAGCAGAUGAGUUGCAAACAGCAUUGGAAACUGAGAGAGGCUUUGAGCAUUCAGGUGGUAUGUGAGUGCAAGAGGCCUGCAGGAAUGCCGAAGGACUAAAGCAGGGUAAUCCAGGAGUUCCCCUUGUGGCUCAGUGGAUUAAGAACCUGACUAGCAUCCAUGACGAUGUGGGUUCAAUCCCUGACCCCACUCGUGGGUUAAGGAUCCGGUGUUGCCGUGAGCUGCGGUGUAGGUUGCAGACACGGCUCAGAUCUGGCGUUGCUGUGGCCCUGGCGUAGGCUAGCAGUUGCAGCUCCAAUUAGACCUCUAGCCUGGGAAUUCCAUAUACCGAAGGUGCAGUCCUUCCUAAAAAAAAAAUUAAAUAAAUAAAUGAAUUAAAUAAAUAAAUGUGACGUAUUUAAAAAAUAAUCAAGCCAUGUAGUCUAUAUGAACUUUUGAAAUGAUUUGCCAAAUUUGUCAAGGCUCGCUUCUAGGGGGACAAAGUGCCCCACAGAAGAGAAGCUGCUAGGAGUAAAACCAAAAUUGAGCAGAAACAAGCCAAUAGACACAAAAGAAAAUAAAGUUAAAUACUAGCAGAGGGAGGAAUAGUAGACUAAGAAAUCUCAGCACAAUACUGUAUUUGAACACCGAAAAGUAAAAUAGCUGAGGUUUGAGAAACGCCCAAAAACCAAAGUUUAAGAAAAUUAAUUUUACUUAAAAAGAAGCCACAGAAAAUAUUUAGAUCAACCUCUUACAGAAGUUAAUUUUAAAAAGAAUCAAGAGCAGAAUAACAUUUUUACACAUAACGAAAAUCUACUAGCAGGUCCCACAGCAGAUCAAGAACAAUCUUUCAAAAUGUACUAAAAGUUAUUAAGAAAGUGGUUUAGGAUACAAAGGAAAUUUAGAAUUGGAAAAAACUCGGGGAAAAAAGUAAACCGAAGAAAGCAUCAGAAGUAAAAGAUUUUGGAAAUGAAGGCUAAACUAGGAGGGACACAAGCAAAUAAACAUACAAAUAGAUAUGGCUUUAAAUAGGUUAAAAACCAAAACAAAAUGGAAAAAGACUUUAAAACAUUAGGAAGUGACAGAUAUUGAGGAUGGGGCAGAAGGUCCAGUAUACACAUAAUAGGAGUCUCUGAAGGAAAAAAAAAAAAAAAAGCAACCCUAUGAUUUCA